AUUUUUAUUUUAUUUUGUGUUAUUUACUGCACUUUUGUUUAUGUGUAACUCUGUGCUAUUGUUUUUGUCGCACUGCUUUGCUUUAUCUUGGACAGGUCGCAGUUGUAAACGAGAGCUUGUUCUCAACGGGCCUACCUGGUUAAAUAAAGUUGAAAUAAAAUGUAAAAAAUAAAGUCGGCAUGUGUCGAGUCUGGUGCAGAAUGAUUCAUCUCUGGUUUGAGAUGAAGUGGUGUGAGGGGAUGUGGUUACAUGUAGAUUGUUCAAGCUGUGAAGAGGUAUAAGAUCAUAAAAACUGUUCUCACAUGCAAAUGAACAUGGGGGUGUAGGGUACCUUAAUGUAAAUUGAUUUUCAACUUGUUCUGCAUGUAGAUGACUAACUGGCAUGGUAUGCUUAUUUGUUCGAGUUUAUAUUAAAACAUGGCAAUGUUAGUCUUAGCCUGACAUUUACUUCCUCUUUUUCCAAGUCUCUUAUCAAACCGACGACACCACUGCCUUUCAAAGUCGAAUGCAAAUCAGGAAGAAAGGGUGCUAUGAAGGAACAAGUGAUGGGGGUGGAUGGCAUUUCACAGAAGGCCUAACAAUUAACCAGAGAAUGCCUCACCUCAACUCUUCUGCACCUGUCAAAUCUUCCAAAACUGACACUGUUGCUGUGGAAACCAUGAUGAAAUGAUAGAAAAGGGAGGCGAGGAGGAUUCCCCGACAGACAGAGCCCUGCCAGGAGCCUGGAAGGAGGACACCUAAACUACUUAGAGACACUGACAGAACUGAGGGAGGAAGCCUAACUGAGCUGAGGACCAGCAGCAUGGACCAGCAGCAUGGAAAAGUGGAGCGCUUCCUCAAGCUGGGCUACUCCCACAGUGACAUUGUGCGCGUGUUGGAGAGCCUGCGCCAUGACGCCCAGACAAACGACAUACUGGAGGAGCUGAUCAAGACCUGCCAGACCCCCACUACCACUACCACCACCCCAUCCAUACCAGCCAUGCGCUCAGCCUACUCCAGCCCACAGCUGAUCCCCCGAGGCUGCAGCUCUCCCCAGCCCAGCCAGCCCCUGCGGCCCAGCUCAGCGACAGACAGGGAUCCCACUGGGGGAUUCAGACCAGUGGUCAUUGAUGGGAGCAAUGUGGCCAUGAGCCAUGGCAACAAGCAAGUGUUUUCAUGCCGGGGGCUGCUGCUGGCAGUCAGGUGGUUUCUGGAGAGGGGUCUUCGUGACAUCACUGUGUUCGUGCCCCUGUGGAGGAAGGAGCAGCCCAGUCCCGAGGCCCCCAUGACAGCAGAUCAGCACAUCCUCCAUGAGCUGGAGAAGAGAACGAUCCUGGUGUACACCCCGUCACGCUGCGUCAACGGGAAGAGAGUGGUGUGUUACGACGACCGCUACAUCGUCAAGCUGGCCUACGAGUCCGACGGCAUCGUUGUGUCCAAUGACAACUACAGAGACCUGCAGAUAGAGAGGCCAGAGUGGAAGACGUUUAUAGAGGAAAGGCUGUUGAUGUACAGCUUCGCCAAUGACAAGUUCAUGCCUCCAGAUGAUCCUCUGGGAAGGAAUGGCCCAACGAUUGACAACUUUCUGAUGAAAAAGCAGUGGACCCCAGAAAACAAGCAGCAGCAUUGCCCGUAUGGAAAGAAGUGUACUUACGGAGUGAAGUGCAAGUUCUACCACCCAGAGCGCUCCAACCAAUCACAGCUAUCUGUGGCAGAUGAGCUGAGAGCCAAGAGCAAACCUACUGCUCAAACAGACAGGGAGCGGUCAUUUCUCCCCUCAGGCCCCAGCCCUGCUCUGAUCCAGGAAGUCAGCCAGGAGGCCCACCCUUACACAUCCCCUUAUGAGCUGGAUCUAACUACUACUCAUCUAUACAGAUAUCUAUCCACACCACCUCCCCUUAUAAAAGAAGAGCAUUCCCAUUCCCAUAGGGCUUCGCCUAGCGAUCAGUUCACCAGCCAGAGAAAAACAGGCAGCCCAACUCUACACCACAGGUCCAGCCUCCGCCUCUGCCCCAGCCCAGACACUGACGAGGCCUUCAGCUCUCUGGAAGCCUCCCUGUCCAGACUCUAUGUCCAGGACCAGGCCAACAACACCAAGGGGCCAGUGGUGUCCUACACCUACAGCAGUGGGGUGGCCAACUGCAGCCAGCACAGUGGGGACUUCUACCCUUCCAGCAGCCACAGCCACAGCCACACCAGCAACCAACAGAGGCUCAGCCUGGGUGGACCCUCCUCAGCCUGGGAUGCCCCGCAAAAACUGCCACAGUGUGGCUGUGACGACUCACAAAGCUUUGAGUGCAGCCCGUGCAUGUACAGACACCAACAUCUCCAGUCAAAGCUAGGAGGGUGCUCCUAUGCUGUUCACAGUAACCAUAUCCAUUUCACAGAGCAGCAGUACUUCCAUAGUCCUCCCCCACAAAGGCAGAGUCACAGCCUCCCAGAACACAGCCCGGGACAGGGCCUCUCUGGCGAGAGAGUGGGGAUGACCAGGUCCAAUGGAAGUAAAGCUCCAGAGAGUGAGCAGAGGAGGAGUGUGAAGAACCAGCUCAGCACCCUCUUCCCCCACAGCAUGGUAGACUAUGUGAUGAGUGUGUACCCACACACCCUCAAUAUGUCAGAGCUGGUGCCUCUGAUUCAGAGGUUCCGAAUCAGCCACAUUCCUUUCUAACAUGCAAGACCUGUGAUCAUUUCUCUGUAAGCAUUAAACACAGUAGUCUUCAGCAGACUAGAGGAAAGGCUGAAAUGUAGCAAUCUGAGCUGAAUGUGUUAUGUCAAGUGCAAUGCACUACUGUCUCCUGAAUGAUGCUAGUUCAUUUUGAAUCUAGCAUUGACUUAAAUAUAUUCAAAGCAGCAUGUGUUGUUUUAUCAUGUAGCCUCAAACUGAGGGAAGCUAUAAGACAAAAUGGAUGUUGACCUGUAUGGUAUGCAGAAUAAUGCUGUCCAUGUAAUUUUUCUUAUCCAUAUUAAACAUAAGUCAUUGGCAA